AUGGAGGAAAGCCCCGUUUACUUGGAGCUCGAUAGAGUCAAUGCGGAGAAUCCGGAGCAUUACCGCCAGGGCGGGUAUUUGCCCGUCCAUAUCGGCCAACGGAUUGCAAAGCGCUUUAAGAUUGUCCACAAACUAGGCCACGGCGGAUUCGCAACUCUCUGGCUGGCACGCGAAGAAGACAAAAGCCGCUAUGUCGCACUCAAAAUUGUGACUGCGGAUCAGUCUAAGACGUAUGAGGCGGCACCCGAGGUCGCAUCUCUUCUUCGGAACUCUCGGGGCUUCUUCUUGGCCGAGCAUGAGCGAUUUUUCGUCGACAGUCGAAACGGCCGCCAUCUUUGCCAAGUGUUUCCCGUCCUGGGGCCGACUCUAGAUGAUCUUACAGAUUUCCACCACCGCCUUUACCCGGAGUGCGUGCAAGACUUUGCCCGACAGAUGGUGCUGGCUGUCGACACCAUGCAUCUGAACGGCUUGUAUCUGACUACUCGGAAUAUAGCCCUCGAACUUUCGCAACAACUAGACCCCCUAUCCGAGAGGCAGGUCUGGGACAUGUUUCCCCUGGAGAAGGAGGCGAUCGAAUUGCGGCCACCCAAGAACAAGGCAACAUCCGCAUCCAGGGCACCAAAGUAUGCGGUACAAGCGAUGGAUCUUGCCCAAUUGCCGUCCAAAUACCUGUCCGGCAAGUUAUAUAUCUUGGACUUUGAUCAGGCCUAUCCCGUUCGGGACCCGCCACGUACCCUGCUUGGCAUACCACCGCGGUACUUGGCGCCAGAAAGCAUCUUCGAACUAAGGAAUGGCCCGCCAGCAGAUGUUUGGGCGCUGGGGUGUCUUAUAUUCCGCAUGCGGUGCGGACUUGACAUUUUCUAUGAUCUCCCCGAGAUACCGAGCAAUGCCGUUUCCAAAAUGUACGGCAUCCUAGGGGGACAUCUUCUGCAGCACUGGAAAACGGUUCAAUUAGGGAGGGUGUUUGAGUACGACGACUUUUCCGGUGAUUAUCAAUUUCCUUAUCCACCGCUUCGGCAGUUCGUGACGAAUGCUGUCGACCUCAAGAGGCCCGAAAAUGCGGGCAGCAAUGAACUUGGGAUCUUGAAAUUCUGUGCGCGGCUCCCAGCAGAUGCGUUCCAACAAUGCGAUUUGAAGCGAGUAUGGACCGCCAAGAACGCCCUGCCUAUUAGUCCAGACGAGGCAGAAUCCUUCUAUGACUUGAUGAGGCGAGUGUUUGAGUAUGAUCCUGGCAGUCGAAUCACAGCAUCAAACAUGCUGGCUCAUCCAUGGUUCGGGGGGAAACAGUUGCCACUACCAGGAUAA